CAGCAAUACAUAAGACCGUAUUUUAAAUUAACACGCUGCCUUCUGUUCAUCCCCACCGAAUUCUGUGAAGCGGCUCUGCUGCAUUAAAUUUUAACGCCGACGAUAAGAAGUUGCAUCAAUAAUCUCCGAUCGUUCCUUGAAGACACAGAAAUCACAUUGGAUUCUAUCUACAAUGUUUCUUCGGCGAGCUGCAAUUGUACUACCUUGCUCAAGAAAGUUUCUUUCUGCCAAAUAUACUCAUGAUCUAGCUAGCUCUAUUACGGAGCUGAAUAAGGAAAUGGAAUCUGUCUUUGGUCAACCUCCUUCUGGUGGAAUUUCUGGUUCUACCAAAAAAGAUUAUAUGCCACAAGAACCACAGUUCACUCAAGGGCCUGUUAGUUCUAUUAGAAAUAAUAAUUUGGUUGAAUCCCAAUCUGCAAUUCAGAGAAUGAAUCAUAAUGCACUUGGGUUGACCCAUAUUGGUAGUAGAGGAGAAGCACAAAUGGUGGAUGUGUCUCCCAAAGAAAAUAGUAAGAGAACUGCCAUUGCCAGUUGUAAGGUAAUUCUGGGCAAGGAGGUUUUUGAUAUGGUUUUAGCUAACCGAAUGGCUAAAGGAGAUGUUCUUACUGUGGCCAAAAUAGCUGGUAUAAAUGGAGCAAAGCACACUAGCAGCCUCAUCCCACUCUGUCACAAUAUUGCCCUAACUCAUGUUCGCGUAGAUCUAAUGCUGAAUCCAGAUAAUUACAGUGUGGUAAUUGAAGGGGAGGCUGCAUGUACGGGGAAAACAGGUGUUGAAAUGGAAGCAUUGACAGCCGUGACUACUGCUGGCCUAACAGUGUAUGAUAUGUGCAAGGCUGCUUCUAAGGAAAUCCAAAUAGCAGAUGUACGGCUUGAGCAUAAAACAGGUGGGAAGAGUGGAGACUGGACUCGAAACAUAACCAUACCAAUGACAAAUGCACCAACGAAGACGUCAGCUGAAAUUAAGAAAGUGUCAAAAAUAGACAGAAGAAUAAGGAGGUUCAUCCAAUUAACUUUAGGACCUUUUGAAACACCAAAGUUAUCUGGAGAUGUGGUAACCCAGAGUAUAGCGUCAUGCUUUAAUUGUCAAUCAAUUGUUGUUGCUACUGAAAAAGAUGCAGAGGGCAGAUUCUGUUUUCGCAUUGGGAUUUUAACAGUGGAUGCUACUCAGCGUACUGCAGAAAAAAUCCUUAAAUCUAAAUUCACGGAAUUUAAAAUUUCUCAAUUUUCUCUCAAGUUUCAUAAUGGAUGGGCAAAAAUAUGUGAACUUAUAACACAGCAUGACAAAAGUCCAAGUGUUUGGGGGAAGUAUUCUGUGGAACAAAUAUUGGAACUAGCUCGAGCCAGUAGACUUCAUCGAAAGAUCCAAGUGGCUAGGAGCAGCAGUUGAUGAAGCAACAACAUACAUGGGAAAGGAUGUCGUCAAGUGGCUCAGGAGGAAUGAAGGAUCAGCAAAGAAUAUGAUACUUGAUGCAAAAUGACCGGGGUGCAAGUGCACAAUAUCUUCAUGAACGACUGCAAGUGCUCUAUUUUCUUUUUCAUGACACCCCGUUUGAAUGAAAACUCUUUACCAUCAAAAGGUUAAUGCGAACUCCUAUGGCAGAUGUUAAAAUUCUAAGUUUCUUGCACUAUUUAUCUACCAUAAACUGAUCCGAACAUGCCAUGAUGGGCUUUUUAGGCUUAAUGCAUCUAGUAUAGACUACAUAGGGGCUAUGGUGAUGAAAGUUGGCAAUAUGAUCUUUAGUUGUAUCCAAAUUGAAGUUAGGUUAUUGAGUAAAGUUCUAACACUCUGUGAUUAAAUAAGCAAUAAAAAAAAAAAUUCAAAACCAUCA